AUCGAGCCGGAUGUACUCGAACCGCAGAACCAGCCAGAAGAGAACGAAGAAAGAUGACAUCCACAGAGUCUGACCCAUCAACACAGACGUCUCUUGUUCCUGGAGAUGAGGCUACAGCACCUCCUCGAGAAGCUCUGAUUACCACCGCUGUGAAAUUUCUCCAGAACCCGAAAGUACGUCAGAGUCCCUUGACAACUCGGAAAGCCUUCCUCAAGAAAAAAGGCCUGACGGAUGUGGAGGUGGAGUUGGCUUUGCAGCGCUCCGGCAGCACAGAGGAGGUCCUGCCGCUGAGCCCUGUGGGACCUGCGUAUCCUGUACCAGCAGCCCACCUGGUCCCAGGACCACCCAGUCCAAGAGGCUACAGAUGGAGGGACUAUGGUGCGCUCACGGUCAUCAUGGUGGGCAUCGCCUUUGGCUUUCAUCAGCUCUACAAAAAAUACAUCCUUCCCCUCAUUAUGGGCAGCCGAGAGGACAAGAAGCAUCUGCAGCGGAUGGAGAACAACAUUGCGGCGAUGAGUGGCACGCUGACACAGACAGUGACCCAGCUGCAGCAGACUCUCGCCCAGGUCCAAGAGCUCCUGGUUCAACAGCAGCAGAAAAUCCAGGAGCUGUCCCAAGAACUGUCCAGAGCGCAGAUGGCGUCGUCCAGCAGUCGUUUCCUGGACGCUCAGACAGUGGGAGAGCUGAAGGCUGAGGUGGCCUCUUUGAAGGGCUUACUGCUCAGCAGGAAACAGUUCCCCUCCACCCCCACCAUCCCAAAGAUCCCAUCAUGGCAGAUCCCCCUGAAGCCCUCCACCUCACCCCCAGUGAACCAGGCCAACAACAGCAGCAGCGACAUCUCCCCCGUCAGCGUCGAGUCCCCUAGCUCCUCCCCCAUCAAAGAACCGCCCACCCACCCAACCCAGGACAGUGCGGGGGGGCUGAACGGGGACACCUGCUCCACGGGUCUGCGCAUGGAGGUACAGGGGGAGGAGAAGAAGACCGACGAGGAUCUAACCCACGUCGAGGAUGAAGAGGAGGAGGAGGAAGAGGAGGAGGAAGAAGAAGAGUUGAGCCUACAGACGGAGGACCGAAGAGGCGGGGACGGACAGAUAAAUGAACAGGUGGACAAACUACGGAGGCCUGAAGGGGCCAGUAAUGAGAGCGAGGUGGAUUAAAGCUGUAAAUGCAGAAAUGUACUGUCCACACACUGGUGGCUUUGGGUCUUUUCUGUCAAUUUUCACCAUCUUUUUCCCCUUUUCUUUCCUCUAAUAUUUUAAUCUUGUGCAAAUCGAGGCGUCGGCUCGAGAAACUUGACAUAGCGGAGUGUAGGGUUGACAAGGGGCUUACCUCCGUGUACUUUUCAUCAAGUCAGAGAAAUGAUUACACAUCAAACCAACUGCAAAUAUGCUGGGAUUUCUGAAAUGAGAAGUGACGAGGAAUAGUUCAAUCUGCACUUUUUAAAACUGUUGCUUCAGCUCUUUUGGAGACACAGACGAAGAAUGAGGGAGACAAUCACGGCGCUAACUUAUAUUGAUUACUAUAGAAUCCAUACAUUAUCAGUUUAUCACUCUUCUAAAGCUUGCACCACUUUAUCCUUUUAUUUCAACCUGUGGCAUCGGGUGCGUCGCUCUGUAAUAUUUUUUCUUACCGUUCGACCCAAAUAUCUUGCAUAACACGAGGCAGUUUCAACUUAAGCGCCACUCUAAUUUUGUCUACGUUUUUUAGUGUCAGUGAUCUCUCAUUGGCAUUUUUUGAUUACAUGUAUGAGUCAUGAUGAGAUUAUAACCCAGCGUCCCUGUGUCCAAUCGCAAAUAAAUAACAUAUUUUCUCAAAGUUUGAUUUGAUAUUUGAUACUUUUAAAUACGUUUUACUGUAUCUAGACUAAACGCACACGCCGUACCUUUUUUCCAGAGAGGUUAGCAGCGUUUGUCUCCCUGUUGACGGGGAUAGGAGAGGACGUGCUCUUCAGGGCCCCAGCUUUUAGCCUCUUUUAUAUGUCCUUUCGCAUUGGUGUCAGUCUGUCAAUAAUUCACAAGGCCAGCAGCGGGUGGCAUUGGGCUGAAAUAAAAGCUCUGAAAUUGGAGAUUACGAUGUGAUGACGGCUGUUGUUCCAGUCCUGGUGCUGAUGUACUCAUUCUCUCAAAGCAGGAGAAGAUGAAUGUUUUUCCCUCUUUCACUACGGGCUACGUUUUAUACCUCCGACUAAAUUGUGCGCUAGACAAAACAACCUAGACAGAGCCAAAGCCGCGUCUGCGUCUCCAGCAGGGCAGCUGAUUUGCUUUGUGAAGUUUGUUAAUAAUCAAAUGAUCAACAAAUAACAGAUGUAUUAGUUCAUGCGGCUUGAAAUGUCAACGAGGCUAAAAGCGCAAAUCUAAUCGAGAAAGCCCAGUUGCGUUGUAUUAUUUUCUGUGACAAAGCCUCAGGACCAAAUUACGUUGGGCCUCCCACGGUGAGCAAUCUUUACAGAAAACGCCGCCAAUAUUUUGUAAUUAAGCCACGGAAAGAGGCGCGAUGAGACUGGAAGCUGUAGAAGUUGCAUCAUAAGUUGUUUGUUUCUCGCGCAGUGGUGGAGGUGCAGAAAAUGCCCCGUGAUUGAAACGGAAAGUAAUAAAUGAAUACUUUGACUUAUUGAAUUACUCACUCUUGUCUCCAGCAAACAAGAAGAGUCCAUGAGUGAGAGGAAAAGGACACAGCGGCACUGCCAUCCCCACCACUUCUCAUGGUGCACAGUAUGAAACGCAAGUAUUGAAAAGCGCUACGUAGACAAAUUACAUGACGUUUUGGUGGUGUGUUGGAUAAAAGGCAGUUGUUAAAAAGCUGUAUUCAAAAGGUGUGUUUUAAUCUUUGACGAAUCCUCUGUAACACGCUCUGUCUAUCUGACCUUAAGCUUGUACAUAAUUUUAAUAAAGCAAUAAAAUAAUAAAACUAA